UGUAAUGCCAAUUAAUGGCAUGGCCUAAUGUUGGAGACUACAAUGUUGGAGGUUGUAUAACAUGUGUUUUGAUAUCAAUGUUGACAAUUUUUUGUAUCAACAACGAAAUUCAACAAUCUUCAUUAUGGUUUGAAAAGCUUAACAUACUACAUAAAAUAGCACUAGGCCUGUCAAAAUGAUGAGUUCCUUGGCCUAUAGACUGUCUCCGGUAAUGAAGAGGAUAGCAAAUUGUGGACGAGUUCUGUUUUCCGACAAAUAUCUCUUAUUAACAAAUACUACAAUCUCCGUCACCCUGUCUGUAACUGGAGACAUAAUGCAACAAAAAUACCAGAUAAUGCAGAAUAACAUGAAAUCUUGGAACAAAAAGCGGACUUUUCACAUGGCAUGUACUGGACUUGUAAUUGGAGCAUUUUGUCACUACUGGUACCUAUAUUUAGACAAAUUUUUUCCAGGAACUGCAUUUCGCACACUAAUCAAAAAAGUGCUUAUCGAUCAAAUCGUGUGUUCACCUAUCUAUAUAGGCAUGUAUUUUGUUACCAUUGGAAUGCUAGAAAACAUGACAGUGAAGGAAAUAGCAGCAGAAGUUUUGGUCAAAGGGUCAACAAUAUACACUAUGGAAUGGAUAAUAUGGCCGCCAGCACAGUUAAUCAAUUUUAUGUUUUUGCCCACUAAGUAUAGAGUUUUAUAUGAUAAUAUAAUUAGUCUGGGUUUUGAUACAUAUUAUUCUAAUGUGAAAUAUCAUAGUGAAGUCAGAAACACUGAAGUUAUUAGUCAAAGUAAAAAUAUUGAUAUAGAGACUAUUGUUAAUAAUAAUAUUAGUAAAAGUAACUAUAUGGAUAAAGAGACUAUUGUUAAUGAUAAUAUUAGUGAAAUUAACAAUAUUGAUAUACAUGUAGAGACUAAUUCAUAAAUGAUAAUAUUAGUAAUAGUAUAGAGACUAAUCAUAAAUUAAUACUAGGGAAAGUAACUACAUAUAUGGAUAUAGAAGCUAUUGUUAAUGAGGAUGAAGAGUGAUUUUUAUAUAUAUAUAUAUUUUUUUAGAAGAAAGUUAAUUAUAAGUGUGUCUGUGAUGUAUAAUAAAUACUUCUCUAAAAUUAUGUUAUACAACCCUACCAAAUGACUAUUGUGCACAUUAGUUGCUUGAAAACAAUGCAAUAUUUUUUACAACAACGUAGGUUUUAUCAAUUGUUUAAUUUAAAUCAUUUUCCCAACAGGAAUUUCUGUUUGAAACAUGAAAUCUUUACUGUGUGUGAUAAGACUGACAAUUUCAGUCAAUAAUUUGAAUAGCCAGUGACCCAUAGAUAAAUUCAGCGGGGUGUGUCCACAGUUGACCUACAUUGUUUCAAUGGCAUUUAGUAAUUCAACUGGAUCAUUGACCUGUAUAUUGUUUGAAAAAAAAUGCAUCACUGAAUUUACUUUGACUCAGGGAAAAGGUAUUUGUUAUUGUACUGUCUGCACAACAAAACACAAUUUUGUCAUACACCACCACCACCACCACAGAAUAUAAACACGGAAUAUGAUAAAUAAAUAUUUACCUUGCUGCAAAAACAAAAUUACAUUUUGUAACCCAAGUAGUGGAGACUGUUUGACCUGCCCUAUACAUCUUGGAAUUAUUUAUGUAUAGAUUGUUGUUUUUAAAGUCUGUUUUUUAGAGUUUUAUAUAUAUAAUUUAUUUUGAGCAGAACAAAUAUUUUUUUAAUAAUUAUUUUUCUAGGUAUUAUGUUAGGUCUGAGAUUAAAUAUGCUAUGUAAAGAUAAACUAGAGAGAAAGAACAUGGGUAAAAGAAUGUGUGAAGACUGAGGGCUUUAUUUUAGUACGAGUUUCUUUUAUCUGUUUAUCUUUCCCCAGCCUUACCAAAGACCAGAGUUUUCUAGAAUCAAUAUUUUGGUUAAUUACAUUUACAUUAUAAAGUUUAGAAUAACCUGCCAUAUAAAGUUUAACCCUCCUAACCACGCAAUAUAAAUUAUAACCCUCCUAACCAUACAAAAUAAAUUUUAACCCUCCUAAUUAUACACUACAUUGAUACCUUCCUAAACAUGCAACAGUUUGUGUGCUAACCCUAAUUAUAAAGUCUAACCAUACUGUAUAAUAGUUCGAAAAUAGCUAAUGUAAAAUGAAUAUUUUGAAAAUUUCAUUCAAAUUACUCUAUUGCGAUUGAAGAUAUUAGCCUUUGAAGGUUUGACAAGACGUGUGCAAUAAUUUCAACCACCCUACUGGUUGUUUGAUGCUAAGUCACGCUCCUCCAUUUUUAGCUUAAAUCAAAAUAUGGCUGAACUGUUCUAAUCUAUUUAAUAUUGGAGAAAUCCGAUGCCAUCGAGAGUUGAUUAGGGCCUGGAUAAGUUAAUUAAUGUCUAAUUAAUAAUCUAGAAAACAUUUCAGGCCUAAAGAAAGACCUGCAAUAGGCAGAUUUAGCUCUUGCAUAAUGUAUGUUUAAUGAUCAAGGCAAGACUACAUCCAAGUUGACUGCUGUUUUUGAAAAAGGUACUUCAGCAUCACCAUUGAAUGAAUAGUCUCUGUUGGUUGAUAAAAGUUGAGAUAUUGAGCAAAUCGAAAGAACUGUGUCGUCAUUUAGUUUUAGAAAUAUUUCUUCCAUUUCAGCAUCUGCUGAUGAAAACAAUUUCUUGGUAAUGGGUAUUGCCAAUAGUUUAUUCAUGGAUAUAAAUUACCAAUUUGAAAACUGUUCGACUUUGGUUUUGUUUAUGUAUUGAAUGCCUCAGAAUAAAUUAAUGGAUUGUUUUGUUUUUA